AUGCAAGCUCCUGGACCAGGCACGCUCCUGGACCAGGCACGCUCCUGGACCAGGCACGCUCCUGGACCAGGCAAGCUCCUGGACCAGGCAAGCUCCUGGACCAGGCAAGCUCCUGUUCCAGGCAAGCUCCUGGACCAGGCAAGCUCCUGUUCCAGGCAAGCUCCUAGACCAGGCACGCUCCAGGACCCCGCCCCAUUCUCCCGCUUUCUAUCACCCCGCCCCAUUCUCCCACUUUCCAUCACCCCGCCUCAUUCUCCCGCUUUCCAUCACCCUGCCCCAUUUUCCCGCUUUCCAUCACCCCGCCCCAUUCUCCCGCUUUCCAUCACCCCGCCCCAUUCUCCCGCUUUCCAUCACCCCGCCCCAUUCUCCCGCUUUCCAUCACCCCGCCCCAUUCUCCCGCUUUCCAUCACCCUGCCCCAUUCUCCCGCUUUCCAUCACCCCGCUCCAUUCUCCCUCCUUCCAUCACCCCGCCCCAUUCUCCCGCUUUCCAUCACCCCGCCCCAUUCUCCCGCUUUCCAUCCCCCCGCCCCAUUCUCCCUCCUUCCAUCACCCCGCCCCAUUCUCCCUCCUUCCAUCAUCCCACCCCAUUCUCCCGCUUUCCAUCACACCGCCCCAUUAUCCCGCUUUCCAUCACCCCGCCCCAUUCUCCCGCUUUCCAUCACCCCGCCCCAUUCUCCCUCCUUCCAUCACCCCGCCCCAUUCUCCCGCUUUCUAUCACCCCGCCCCAUUCUCCCGCUUUCCAUCACCCCGCCCCAUUCUCCCGCUUUCCAUCACCCCGCCCCAUUCUCCCGCUUUCCAUCACCCCGCCCCAUUCUCCCGCUUUCCAUCACCCCGCCCCAUUCUCCCUCCUUCCAUCACCCCACCCCAUUCUCCCGCUUUCCAUCACCCCGCCCCAUUCUCCCGCUUUCCAUCACCCCGCCCCAUUCUCCCUCCUUCCAUCACCCCGCCCCAUUCUCCCGCUUUCUAUCAUCCCGCCCCAUUCUCCCGCUUUCCAUCACCCCGCCCCAUUGUCCCUCCUUCCAUCACCCCGCCCCAUUCUCCCUCCUUCCAUUAUCCCACCCCAUUCUCCCGCUUUCCAUCACACCGCCCCAUUCUCCCGCUUUCCAUCACCCCGCCCCAUUCUCCCGCUUUCCAUCACCCCGCCCCAUUCUCCCGCUUUCCAUCACCCCGCCCCAUUCUCCCUCCUUCCAUCACCCCGCCCCAUUCUCCCGCUUUCCAUCACCCCGCCCCAUUCUCCCUCCUUCCAUCACCCCGCCCCAUUCUCCCUCCUUCCAUCACCCCGCCCCAUUCUCCCGCUUUCCAUCACCCCGCCCCAUUCUCCCGCUUUCCAUCACCCCGCCCCAUUCUCCCGCUUUCCAUCACCCCGCCCCGUUCUCCCGCUUUCCAUCACCCCGCCCCAUUCUCCCUCCUUCCAUCACCCCGCCCCAUUCUCCCGCUUUCUAUCAUCCCGCCCCAUUCUCCCGCUUUCCAUCACCCCGCCCCAUUGUCCCUCCUUCCAUCACCCCGCCCCAUUCUCCCUCCUUCCAUUAUCCCACCCCAUUCUCCCGCUUUCCAUCACACCGCCCCAUUCUCCCGCUUUCCAUCACCCCGCCCCAUUCUCCCGCUUUCCAUCACCCCGCCCCAUUCUCCCGCUUUCCAUCACCCCGCCCCAUUCUCCCUCCUUCCAUCACCCCGCCCCAUUCUCCCGCUUUCCAUCACCCCGCCCCAUUCUCCCUCCUUCCAUCACCCCGCCCCGGGAGGGAGAAUGGGGCGGGGGGAAGGAAAGCGGGAGAAUGGGGCGGGGUGAUGGAAAGCGGGAGAAUGGGGCGGGGUGAUGGAAGGAGGGAGAAUGGGGCGGGGUGA